UCGCUCUCUUCCGUUCAAGCGUUCGAACCUCGAACUGUUAAGACGUGCGAUUGCGAAAUCCAAAUCUAGAAUCGUUAUCUAUAUAAUUUGGGAUCAAAGAAUCACCAAAACUAAUACACUACCAUAUAUUCAGUCGCUCACUAUGAAAGCAACAGUUUUUUUAGUAAUUAUCACUGUUUCAACCGCCUUAACAGAAAAAUAUUCAUAUCUUGUAAAACGUGAGGCAAAUUAUUUCCCACCAAAUGGACGCGUGGGAGAAUGUGGAGCAGUUGAAGGAGCAAGAUUUAGUAAUGCUCUUGUGGGACAAACAUUAGACAUUAAAGAUGGCCUCAAUCUGCCUAUUCCAGUACCAGAACCUCUUCUAACACCUCCACUUCCACCCAAUAAAGGAUCUUUCGUUGAUUUAAAUUUAAGUCCAGUUUCCAAACAUAGUGAAGGGCUUUUAGGAGGAUUUCAAGAAAACCAUAAUCAAUUCGAUGUGCACGAAGAUCAAAAUUUAUUAACAGGCCGUGUGAUUCGGGAGCAAAUUCCCGAUCCUGUAAAUAACGUUGUGCCAGUUCCAGUGCCACAUCCAGUUGUAAUACCCAAACUUAUACCAGUUCCAAUUCCCAACCUCCAUGAAAAUGAAGGUAUAGACCCAGUUUUUAUAUCUACACAUUUACCCAAUCACCAAAUAAAAAGUGUUGGAUAUGGACAUGGUAAUAGAGAAGGGUUACCACACCAUCAUGUGCAACUUCCUGAUAUUAAAGCUGAAUUAGUACCAGUGAAUUAUCCGAUUGUAGUACCGAAAUAUAUACCUGUUGAAAUUAUUGAAAAAGUUCCUGUUCCCGUUUAUGUUCCAGGUGGCCACUUAAAAAGUUUUGGAACUUGGAGAGGCAAAGUCUGAUUAUAAUUUUAAAUUUCUUUAUUGUUGAUGACUAAGUUUGUAUUUAUUUAAUCCAAUAAAAACUAUUACAAAAUUA